AUCUUCCCAUUGUGCAUUCGACGGACGACGAGAGGUUCUGCGACUCGCGAACAAAAAAAAAUUUUUCUUCGUAACCCGAGUUAUUCGAGUUUAUCGAUUAUUUAUAGUUUCUAGUUUCCCGUAUUCUUGGUGAACGAUCGAUCACGUUAGUAAUCUUAUCAUGUUGUGUUAGUUAUUCAAUCGCAUUUGUGAUGUUGCCCGAAAAUGGUUUGUAUAGACGAAGUAGUUGCUUACUUCAAAACACUUAAAAGCUACGAACGGCUUUGGAUGAUGUGUAGACUCCAAAGCCACUGUCUUCCAAUUGAAUUGAGGUACCUCGGCACUUGUUUAGAUAACUUGUCUAAAAGAGAUAUUCACAUAUUGAAAAAAUUGGAACUCGAAGCCAACGAUCCAGCCAGCGUUAGUGAAGUAGCUUGCAAGUGUAUUUGCGAUAAAACCGUUAGGGCAGCGGUUAUCAAGUAUUUAUCUGUAUUAAACACUAAUAGUACAAAGUGUUCGGAACUAAUUUAUAAAGCGCUAACAGACGACAAAGGUUUAGAACGCAUAUUUAAGUGUCCAAAAGCGUUCUUUAACGAUAAAAACGCAUUUGAGGAGCUUAUGGUAUUGUACACAUUAGCUGUAAAUCAUCCAGCAUUUAUAUUUGAACAAAAAACUCAACUAGAUAGCAUAUUCAACUGUAUUAAGAAAGAAAAAGAGAGACAACUGUCCAAAAAAAAAGGCGGUGAUCUAGACAAAGAAUCUUCUGAUAUUUUAGAGAAUAUCAACACCAUGAUUCCACCACCCAACUAUAUGUAUCAGCAAACUCAAGGAGGGCCAAAUUAUCCUCUGAAUAGAAAUGGCUAUUUAUAUCCACGUCAUUAUUAUCCAUUUCCUCCUGUAAAUGUUCCACCAAUGCAAGUUUGUUAUGAUUAUCCACCGCCAACAGCAGUUUCAGGAAUUAGAGGACCCCAUCAAGCUAAUUUUUCAAAAUCUCCAAGUCCAGUUUCAUGGCCUCCACGCACAUUCCAAAUAAAUCCACGCAAUCAACCACCAAACAUAAACUCAAAGCAAAGGCAUCCUACUCCACCAAGAUAUCGUAAUCCUUCAGAUCCUAGUUAUCCAUUUUCACAAUCGUGGAACAACUGGAACAUGUAUCAAAUGUCACCGCAUAAUAUGUAUGCCAAUUAUAGUUAUACUCCAGGCAUGGUCCCUUCUUUCUAUCCUGAAAAUGCUAUGGGCCGUAACUACCAAGGACAUGGGACAAAAAGUAAACAUUCAACUGUUAGUCGAUAUCAAGAUCAAUCUAAAAGUCCAAUGCCGCCACCAGUGCCUGUGUCUUCUUCUCCGAUUAAGGUUGACACUAUAGUCAAGAGUACCAAGCCUCUUUUAACAAAUGCUACAACAAACUCUACAAAUGAAAACGAAUCUAUUCUUGAAACACAUCACCAGAUGCCUUCAUCAUCAAAAUCUUCAGAAGAUUGCAGUCAAAGUAGCUCUUAUAAAUCUAUUAACUCGUCUAGUUCAGAUAAAAUGUCAGGAGCUUCUCCUCAACAUGCAGUUGAGGUUAACUCAAAUAAUGCAAGUCCAAAGUUAGUUCAAUCUGAAAAUCAAUGUCAAAAUGCUAGUACAAAAGAGUUUAACUCAAAGCUUACUCUUGAAAACAAGAUACAACCAGACAAUAGUGAGCAAACAAUUUCCACACUUCAGCCAACAUAUUCACCGCCUAUAAAUUCACAACAAAUGCUUUGUACUACUACAGAUACAAACCAGCAAACACCUGCCACAUUAGAGCUUUCUAAAAGCGAAUCCACAAAAAAUAUUGAUCUCUCUACGCUUUCAACUGUGUUGGACGAUGGAAAAAAUAAAGAGGAAAAGUCUACUGUCUUGUCAAAUGAUUUAAUUGAAGAAAAGUCUAAAUCUAAUUCUGAUCACAGACCACAAAAUACAAAAAUUCCAGUACAACUUGAGACUAACACAACAAAAGUAUAUGAAGUUAAAGAACCAACAGUUGGUGCUAUUGCAAAACCAGUGAACAACACUUUCACAACAACUAGUUCAUAUAAUGCCAGUAAAUAUUACAAGGGUCGUCCAAUACAAUCUCAGCCAAGGACUUCGCGUGAAGGAAAUAUAAAUAAUAGUUAUAAUAGAAAACCUAUGGCAGGGGCACUUGCAGUGCCGUCCUUUAAUGAACCUGCAAGGGAAAAUGUUCAUAAAACUCAUCCUAAAGUACCCAACAAUGGUCAACAAUACUAUACUAUGGCGUAUGAUAACGGAGCAAGUGCUCGAGGUUAUAAUACUCAAGCAUAUUAUGUUCAUCAACCUCAAACUUCUCAACCGAUGUCAGGUUUUUCUCCUAUGCCACGACAAUAUAUACCCCAACAACAUGUUGUUCAAUCUCCUGAGUAUCAGCAAGUUUAUCAACAACCUACUGAAUUUGUUUAUUAUCCAUCUUCUUCACAAACGUUUUAUACUACAACACCAGUCUUAAUGCAACCUCAAGUGCUGGCUUAUCAUCCUCCAAAAGUAUCAUGCUAUAACUGUGGAGGACAGAAUCAUACAGGAGCUGAAUGUACUGAAUUGACAAUGGAAGAAAUAACAAGUAAAGGUCUGUACGAACAUCAUUAUGGACCAUCAAUGCCAGAUGGCAGACCCCGGAAUUGACAGUUAUACUGGAGCAAUUGUUAUUCAUAAUCACAACAAACAGGAUGACUUGAGACUUCAAGGAUGGUGAACUACCAACACCCUCUCCUAUAGUAUUAAUUUUAAUUUAAUUUAAAUGAUGAUUCCUCGAUUCGUUACCUGUUGUUUCCAAAUAAAUAAGACUGGGUAAUGUUUUUCUUCCAUAUUAGUAUUUUUUAAAUUAAUAACGUUAGCAGUAUGAUAAAAAAAAUUAAAUAUUAAAUUUAAUCAAACACUUAAAAUUUAUAACGACUUUGUCGUUUCCUUUUAUUUUAAAUUAUUUUCACCAGUCACACUAUAAUAAUCCAUUCUCGAUAUUAUUUCUAACUUAUUGAACCGUAGAUCCUAUAAGCGUUUCUCAUCAUCUCUCCACCCCUAAAUUAUAUCUUAUCGCGAAUCAAAUG